AUGAGCUACUCUACAACAUCUCCUUCAUCAACUUCAACAGCAGUAUCAGUCGAUAAUGAGACAAUACAUUAUAACAACAAUAACAAUAAUAAUAACAAGCUGAAACAGGACGAUAUUGAUCAGAUCGAGUUUGAUGUAGACGUCGUUGGUCGUGUCGAAGGAGACAGCGGCGUCAAUCACGACUCGAACAACAACAACAACAACAAGAUGCUCAAUGGUCGCAUGGACACUCCGACAACCUCGUCCAAAGACGAGACUAUAUUUGAUCUGAUGCAGGACGAGGACAUGAUCACAAAUCAGGACGGCACCUCGACUUCACCUACAGGAUCGUCAUCGAUAUUAUUGUCAACAGCCGACUCUGACCUUUUGGUCAACAACAACAAUAAUAAUAACAACAACAGUAGUAGUAGUAGUAGCAGUAGUAGUAGUGCUCCUACAACUACACACAAUGAGUCAACAAAUGGAGGUGAUGAUGACAAGAUGAACAUAGAUGAACCAGACCGGCAUCAACAACAUGAACAACAACAUGAACCACAACAAUUGACGACACCAAUAUCGAUGACAAUGGAUGUUAGGAAAGAUGAUGAUAGCACACAACAACAGAUGAAUACAAUGACAACGACACAGAGCAUAGUAACAUCAAGUGCAAACAGUGGCGCCAACAAACGAAGCUACUUGGACGAACGAUUCACUCCACGAGACGACAUCAAGCACACCCUAUCAAACUAUCCCGACACCUCACAGCUCAAGUCAUCACUAUUCAUCAACCUUUACUCCAACGGAUACAGCUUUGACAAUCUAAAUAGAGACAAGAUAUAUCCAUAUGAUAGGACAUCAAAGGAGUUCUUGGGCUCCAUCGGACAGGGCAAGCUUGUUCCAGAUCUCAUUGAUAUUCUGGACGAAGUCACGUGUCACUAUUACGAUGGAUGCAUCAUCGCAGAGAUCAGAGAUUACAGAGGAACAUCACAACCAAAGUUCAACAACAUUAGUAGUAGCGCAACAACAUCCACAACAAUCAACAGCAGUAUAAACAACAACAAUGAGGACAAUAGUAGUACUUUACAACAACAACAACAGACGCAACUACAACAACAACAACAACAACAACAUGAUACUAGCAAUAUACAUAUACAAGAGAAGAAGAUUGUGUUGAAGCCAGACACCGAGUCACUGCUAUUUGACAUCAAGAAGAAUGCCUCUUUACUCAAGAACUCUGCCAACGAAGAGUAUCUGCUACUGUUUGAACAGAAGCUGUUGGAAAUCACCACAUCAUCUCUGUUUCUAUCACCCAAGCACUCCACACUACUAGAUCAACGAUAUUACAAUCAACAAAAGUUCAACUGUACAAAGAGGCCAAAGCAAGUUGACAACAGACGGCUGAAUACCCAACUCUUGCUGAGCCAGCAGCAAUAUCCUUCCACACUGCAAUCACCUUUUCACAAAAGAGUUCACAACUCAAUGGAUGGCAAAUUCUCAUUGUUUAAAUUCUUAACAUCUAAUACGCAGUGGGACUUUGAGCGAAGGAAGAUACUGGAGCGUUAUAAUCCAGUGGACAACGCCAAGAUCUAUCCAUAUUACUAUCAAGAUAUAUAUCAACCUUCUGUUGCAAUCACUGGUCCAUCAUCAACAUCAUCAUUAUCACCGAAACCUCAAGGUUCACCAUUGACAGCGGCAUCAUCAUCAUCUACAUCAUUGACAUUGGCACUUCCAUCUUCAUCAUCUACAUCAACAACAUCAUCACAGUCAUUGGUCAAACCUCCAAACAGUUCAUUCAAGCCAAUUGUAAAGCUGUCAAAGGAGGCAGAGCUAAUCAAGGAUCGCAUAUUGCAAUACGUGUCCACUACAAGUGUGCUGGUGCUCACCUACGAGUGCAAACAACGUAGUUCAGUAUAUGAGCUCAACCUAACUGUUAGCGACACAUUGAACAGCUUCAAGUCACAACAGCAGCAGAUCCAAUUGAUUCAGCAACAGAAGCAACUUCAAAUGCAACAGCAACAGCAACAAAUGCAACAACAGCAACAACAACAACAGCAGCAACAACAACAGCAGCAACAACAGCCAAUGCAACAGCAGCAGCAGCAACAACAACAACCAAUGCAACAGCAGCAACAACAACCUAUGGGCGCACCACAAGUACCACAACUCCUCAGCCACCACAACAAGCGACAACUACCACGACCAAUCCACAACAGCCCCAACAACCUCAACAAGCCCAACCUCAACAACAGCAACAACAACCUCAAGCAACACCGAUUCCUCAACAACAGGUUGCACCUGUUCAAUCUAAGCCUCCCGCAGCCAAGAUACCUCCACAACAGAUGUUGA